GCUCCUGCACCGCUCGCGCUGGAGCGCUAGGGGGAGACCACGCAGAAGGAAGGGCGGCCGCCCCAGCUUCUGCGUUGCCAGGGUAACUAGGGACCGCGUGCUAUCCGGCGCAGGCGCUGCGCGUCGCAGCUGUCAUGGCGGACGCCGGGUGGAGCACUGACACCGGGGAGGCCGUGUAUCGCUCCCGGGAUCCUGUGCGCAAUCUGCGCCUCCGAGUCCACCUGCAAAGAAUUACCUCCAGCAGCUUUCUGCAUUACCAGCCUGCCGCCCUGCCGGGGAAGGACCUCAUAGACUUAGCCACCUUCGGACCUUACCCCACUGCCAGUGGACAUCGCCCGGAUGAAGAUGAAGAGGAGGAGCUGGUGAUUGGGUGGCAGGAGAAGCUCUUCAGCCAGUUUGAAGUAGAUCUGUACCAAAAUGAAGCUGCCUGUCAGAGCCCUUUGGAUCAUCAGUACCGGCAGGAGGUCCUGAAGCUGGAACACUCGGGUGGCAGGAAGAACCGACGGAUCUUCACCUACACUGACUCUGACAGAUACACCAACUUGGAGGAGCACUGUCAGAAAAUGACCACGGCAGCCAGUGAGGUGCCGUCCUUCUUGGUCGAACGGAUGGCGAAUGUCAGGCGGCGCCGGCAGGACAGGCGAGGGACGGAGGGCGGCAUUCUCAAGUCCCGCAUUGUCACCUGGGAACCCUCCGAAGACUUUGUUCGGAACAACCACGUCAUUAAUACCCCUCUUCAGACAAUGUACAUCAUGGCAGACCUGGGGCCCUACGGAAAGCUUGGCUAUAAGAAGUAUGAGCAUGCCCUGUGUACUCUAAAGGUGGACAGCAAUGGAGUGAUCACAGUCAAACCUGACUUCACUGGCCUCAAAGGGCCCUACAGGAUCGAGACAGAGGGGGAGAAGCAGGAGCUGUGGAAGUACACCAUCCACAAUGUGUCAUCCCUGGCACAGCCGGAAGAGGAGGAGCGGGAGCAGCGCGUGUUCAAGGAUCUUUAUGGCCGGCACAAGGAGUACCUCAGCAGCCUGGUGGGCACGGACUUUGAGAUGACCGUCCCAGGUGCCCUCCGGCUCUUUAUCAAUGGAGAGGUGGUUUCAGCCCAAGGCUACGAGUAUGACAACCUAUACGUGCACUUCUUUGUGGAGCUGCCAAGCACUAACUGGUCAAGCCCAGCUUUCCAGCAGCUCUCAGGGGUGACACAGACCUGCACCACUAAGUCUCUAGGCAUGGACAAGGUGGCUUACUUCUCCUACCCAUUCACAUGGGAAGCCUUCUUCCAGCAUGAGGAUGAAUCUGUGGAUUCUCUCCCGGAGUGGCCUGUGCUCUACUGUGAGGUCCUCUCACUGGACUUCUGGCAGAGGUAUCGCGUGGAAGGCUACGGGGCUGCAGUGCUGCCUGUCACCCCAGGCUUGCAUACCCUGACCAUCUCCACGUGGAGGCCCACAGACCUUGGCACGCUGGCUGAGCUCAGGAGGUUUUUCAUCGGUGGUUCUUUGGAGCUGGAGGACCUGUCCUACGUGCGGAUCCCGGGGACCUUCAAGGGGGAGCGCCUGAGCCGCUUUGGACUGCGCACGGAGACCACAGGCAGUGUCACCUUCCGCUUACACUGUCUGCAGCAGUCCAGGGCCUUCAUGGAAUCGAGCUCCCUGCAGAAAAGGAUGCGGAGUGUGUUGGACCGUCUGGAGGGAUUCAGCCAGCAGAGCUCUGUCCACAAUGUGCUGGAGGCCUUCCGUCGAGCCCGGCGCCGCAUGCAGGAGGCCCGGGAGAGCCUCCCCCAGGACCUAGUGAGCCCAUCCAGGACCUUGGCCUCCUAGCCCACCGCAGCCCUGGCCCACUAUGCCAGAAGCUAGCCAGGACAAGGGCUUGUUUAGUGAGCGCCCUGGAGAGCCUGUGCCCCAUGUGGCCCCCUUCAGACACCCGGGUGUUUGAGCAUCAGAGCACAGCAGGCUUUGGAUCCGAAACUCACUUGGAUGAGCCCACCAUUAGUCUGUUUUUGACAUGGCCUCUUUCUGGCCUGUUGCAGUCUCCACGGUCAGGGGCUGUGGGUACCUGCUAUUCUACAGUCUUGCAAAGUAGAACUUUCUUCCAAGAAACAGGAAGUAGAGAGAGAUCCUUCACCACCAGCCCCUCUGUUCCGGCUGUCUGUUUCCAACAUGGUCUUCUGCUGUUGCCUGCGACUGGCUGAGUUUGGGAAGCGACUUAUUUCAUAAAGGAGGGCUGAGGGCAGUACCCGCUCCUUUCUGCCAGCAGAGCUGCACUUUUAAUUGUGCUUUUGUGUAUAAAGCCUUUUUGAUACCGA